CCGAGGCGGGCCGGGCCGGGCUGAGCGAGUACACGGCCAUGGCCCCAUGGCUGCAGCUCUGUUCCGUCUUCUUCACUGUCAACGUGUGCCUCAACGGCUCGCAGCUGGCCGUGGCGGCGGGCGGCUCUGGUCGCGCGAGGGGCGCCGACACCUGCGGCUGGAGGGGAGUGGGGCCAGCCAGCAGAAACAGUGGACUGCACAACAUCACCUUCAGAUAUGACAACUGUACCACCUAUAUGAGUCCAGUGGGGAAGCAUGUGAUUGCUGAUGCCCAGAACAUCACAAUUAGCCAGUACGCUUGCCACGACCAAGUGGCAGUCACCAUUCUUUGGUCCCCAGGGGCUCUAGGCAUCGAAUUCCUAAAAGGAUUUCGAGUAAUACUGGAAGAGCUGAAGUCUGAAGGAAGACAGUGCCAACAACUGAUUCUAAAGGACCCCAAACAGCUGGACAGUAGCUUAAAAAGAACUAGAAUGGAAUCUCAACCUUUUCUCAACAUGAAAUUUGAAACAGAUUACUUUGUAAAGAUUGUCCCUUUCCCUUCUAUCAAAAAUGAAAGUAAUUACCACCCCUUCUUCUUCAGGACCCGAGCCUGUGAGCUGUUGUUACAACCAGACAACCUGGCCUGUAAACCCUUCUGGAAGCCUCGGAACCUGAACAUCACCCAGUAUGGUUCAGAUAUGCAGGUGUCCUUUGACCAUGCUCCACACAGCUUCGGCUUUCAUUUCUUCUACCUUCAUUACAAGCUCAAGCAUGAAGGACCUUUCAGGAGAAAGGCGUGUAAGCAGGAACAAAAUACAGAGAUUACCAGCUGCCUUCUUCAGAACAUUUCUCCUGGGGAUUAUAUGAUGGAGCUGGUGGAUGACACUAAUACAACAAGAAAAGUGAUGCAUUAUGCCUUAAAACCAGUGCAUUCCCCGUGGGCGGGGCCCAUCAGAGCAGUGGCCAUCACCGUGCCACUGGUUGUCAUAUCUGCAUUUGCAACACUCUUCACUGUGAUGUGCCGCAAGAAGCAACAAGAAAAUAUAUAUUCCCACUUAGAUGAAGAGAGCGCUGAGUCCACAGCAUAUACUACCACACUCCCCAGGGAGAGGCUUCAGCCACGGCCCAAGGUCUUCCUCUGCUACUCCAGCAAAGAUGGACAGAAUCAUGUGAAUGUCAUCCAGUGUUUCGCCUACUUCCUCCAGGACUUCUGUGGCUGUGAGGUGGCCCUGGACCUUUGGGAAGACUUCAGCCUUUGCAGGGAAGGGCAGAAAGAAUGGGUCAUUCAGAAGAUCCACGAUUCCCAGUUCAUCAUUGUGGUGUGUUCCAAAGGCAUGAAGUACUUUGUGGACAAGAAAAACUACAGACACAGAGAAAGCAGAGGAAGUAGCCACAGCUCGGUGAGAGGGGGCGAGCUCUUCCUGGUGGCCAUGUCCGCUAUUGUUGAAAAGCUCCGCCAGGCCAAGCAGAGCCCAUCUGCAGCGCUCAGCAAGGUUAUCGCGGUCUAUUUUGACUACUCCUGUGAAGGGGAUGUCCCCUGUGUCCUUGACCCGAGCUCCAAGUACAAACUCAUGGACCACCUUCCCCAGCUCUGCUCCCACUUGCACUCUGCAGACCCCGGCCUCCGGGAGCUGGGCCCCCAUCCUGGGACCGGAAGUCGCAGGAACUACUUCCGGAGCAAGUCGGGCCGCUCGCUGUACGUUGCCAUUUGCAACAUGCACCGGUUCCUGGAGGAGGAGCCUGACUGGUUCGAGAAGCAGCUGGUACCCUUCCCUCCGCCCGCGCUGUGUCGCAGGGAGUCAGUCCUGCAGAAGUUUGACUCGGGCCUAGUUUUGAAUGAUGUCAUCUUCAAACCCGGACGGGAGCGCGAACCCUGCCCGAAGGCCAGGGCGGCCGUUCCAGGGGCCGCUGUGCCAGUGGAUCUGGAGAGCAAGGCCGCAGGCCUGGAGGGGGACGCGGGGUCUGGGGGAGACCCUGACGCAGGGCCUGGGGUAGCCCGUGAGGGCCGCUGCGCCCUCUCGCCCCUGCUGCACGCCGUGAAGGCCGGUGGCUCCUCGGACAUGCCCCGUGACUCGGGCAUCUAUGACUCCUCUGGGCCCUCCUCCGAGUUGUCUCUGCCUCUCAUGGAGGGGCUCUCUUCGGACCACACCGAGACAUCUUCCCUGACUGGGAGCGUGUCCUCCUCCUCGGGCCUGGGUGAGGAGGAUCCUCCUCUUCCUUCCAAGCUUCUUACCUCUGGGAUAUGCAAAGUAGAACUUGGUUGCUACAACGACACUGAUGAACUCCACACAGUUGCUCCUUUGUAAUGAAGUGGAAGAGUCUAAGCAUUGCCACUUUAGCUGCCACUUCUCUCUGGUUCCCUGGCUCAUCUUUGUGCUUACAUGGCCUCUUUGGACUGGAAGGCUCAAACAAGGAUAUUCUGGCCAGUACUUGCUCCCCUCUGCCCUACUCUCCUAUGAGUUAUCUUGGCAAAGGCUUCAUACAGAGCUCUAAAAAGCAUGUCCAUAGGAUCUUACAGCUACUUAAUAUGUUAAGUCAGUUUUUGGAUUAAGAGUGUAUUCUGGGAGGUAGUAAGGAAACAGGUGAAGAGAAACAGGAAGGAUCAUUCCAACUUCAUUGAGCGCUGAAAAUGUUGUUUGUUCUUUUGGCUACUUUGAUUUGAAAUGCUUUUAACAUCAUUACAGCACCAGAAACCCAGAGCCAUUCUACUGAAAUCUAUGUCUUAUUACAGAUGUUGUUACCAUUUGGUUUUAAUGAGGAUGCUACAGUGCUGUGAAUCAAGGGUCAAAAAGUAAUUGAAUAUCCACUCACUCCUAUAAAAUGCACACUGAAUCCAGAAUACAUUACUGGGUGACAUGACUAGUCAAGGUCUGGAUUACGUGACCAUUCCACUUGAAGUGGGUUUGCUGACCUGUAGAAGAUGACAGAACCUCUUAGCUAGACCUGAGUAGCCAUUAUAUGGAGCUGCCUAACAAGUUUUGCGGGGUUAUAUAUACUAUGUUGUAGCUCAGAUGAUAGUGUCUAGAAAUUCACUCAGCUGGACUAUUUUAUUGGAAGUUUUAGAUCAUGCUUCAGCUGGCCUUCUGGUCUGAGCAUUAGGGACUUUAUAAAUUCACUGAAAUAACAACUGGGGAAAUGGUGGCCAAUUAGUCUGCUGAAUUGUUUUGACCAAUGACAAACCUCUUUUUAAGAAGGUAGAAAAAAGGGGACUAUCAAAAAAGUAAAUGUUAUAAUUUUUGUUGUUGCUGGUUGUGGAGCUUGAACUCAGGGAAUAGGUGUUGUCCCUGAUCGUUUUUGCUCAAGGCUAGCAAUCUUAACACUUUGAGCCACAGCACUACUUCUGGCUUU